AUGAACAAAGCUGAGGAUAGUUAGAAUUAGUUUUUUGUGAUUGAACAAAUUGAGAUGAGCAGUGAGAGUGAACCUGAAGACUUGGAAGAUUUGGAUGAAUUGAAUGACAUCAAACAUGAAGAAGAAAAUCUCAAUGAUUUAGAUAAGAUUAUAACUGAUGUGAAAAAGGAAGAAUACAUGCCCAAAAUAAGAGCAGAACCCCCAGAGCCAAAACCACCAGGGGUUAUAAAGAGACCAGAAGUUGUGGAUGACUUUAUUCGUAACUUCCUCAUCAAGAAUCAAAUGAAUCGAAGUCUGGAAGUAUUUCAGUAAGAAUGGUACGAACUAUCAUAGAAAGGCAAAUUGGCUACAGAUGGAAUGGGUUAAGUGACAGAUGUUUAUGUUUAAAAUGAGAAACUUAAAGAAGAACUAAAAUAUGUAAGAGGAGAGUUGGACAAAGCUAAAAUUGUAGCUGAAAAUGCCAAAUCCACAUACGACAAACUCAGAAAAGAAAGAGAUUUCCACAAAAUGCAUCAUCAUAGAGUCCAAUAAGAAAAAAGGAAAUUGAAUCAUGACAUUGAUAAGUUGAAAGGAUUGCACUAACAAUAUGAAGACAAAUAUGAAGAACUAUCCUAAAAGUAUUCCCACGCUAUGAAAGAAAAGAUGUUAUUGAAAUUAGAAAGAGAUAGAUUGGUGGCAAAAAAUGAUGCACUCCAAAGAAGUUUAUAAAAUGUCGAAGAAAAGAUCAAUAAAGAAAAAGAGCCAGGAAGUCCCACAGAUAAACUUCCUUUAGUUGACACCAAGGCCAACACCAAGAAGGCAUCAACCAAAACCAAUACUCAAUUCCCUCCUGAUGAUAGACCCAAUCCUUAUGCAGGUACUCAAAUAGAACCACAAAAUUACAGAAAUGCCAUCCUAAAUAAAACUUUUAAAGGACACAUGAUGGCCAUCUCAUCUAUGGAUAUGCACCCAAAGAAAUCCAUUGUUGCCACUGCCUCUGAUGAUUUCACUUGGAAAAUUUGGACCUUGCCAUAAGGUGAAUUGAUCAUGUCUGGAGAAGGCCAUAAAGAUUGGGUCAGUGGAAUUCAUUUCCAUCCAAAAGGAAGUCAUCUAGUUACCUCAUCUGGUGAUUGUACAAUCAAGGUCUGGGAUUUCAUCAAUGCAUCAUGCACUCAUACAUUCAAAGAUCACAUUUAACCUGUUUGGGGUGUUAAAUUCAAUGACACUGGAGAGUUCAUUGUGAGUGCUAGUAUGGAUCAUACAUGUAAAGUAUUCGAUUUAGCAUCCGGUAAAACUAGGCAUACAUUCAGAGGACAUGUCGAUUCUGUCAAUCACGUGAGUUUCCAGCCAUUUUCAAACAUCUUUACUUCUGCUUCAGCUGAUAAGACAAUAUCAUUAUGGGAUAUCAGAAGUGGAUUAUGCGUUCAAACCUUCUAUGGCCACUUGAAUAGUGUCAAUCAUGCCACCUUCUCUUUAAAGGGAGAUAGUAUUGCCAGUUGCGAUGCUGAUGGAAUUAUCAAAAUGUGGGAUGUUAGAAUGGUCAAGGGAAGAUCACAAUUUGAUGCAGGUCCUUAUUCUGCCAAUGCUGUGGCUCUGGACAAGAGUGGCACUAUACUUCUUGUGGGCUCCGAUGACCAAUAGAUCAGACUCUAUAAUGAAACCACCUAGAAGUAAGAACACACUUUGAAGGGACAUGAAGAUGCUGUCCAAGAUGUUGCCUUUGAUUACAAUAGCAAAAUGAUUAUUAGUUGCGAAUUUAUUAAUGAUUUAAAAUUUUAUAAACAAGAUGCAUAUUAUUUAGCCAAUUUUACUGAAGAUUUACCUUCCAUUUAUAUCUUAUUUUUAUAUAUUCUUUAAAAACUAUUCUUGCAAUCCUUUCAUGUAAAAUGA